GAGGCCAAGAACUCCAGGUCAGAGAACACGAGGCUUGCCACCAUCUUGGAAGCGGCCUGCUACCAUCUUGGAAGUGGUUCACCACCAUCUUGGGAGCUCUGUGAGCAAGGACCCCCCGGUAACAUUUUGGCAACCACGAACGGACAUCCAAAGUGAUGGGAAACGUUCCCCGCAAGACAAAAACGCCCCUAAGACGUAUUCUGGAGAAUUGGGACCAAUUUGACCCUCAGACACUAAGAAAGAAACGACUUAUAUUCUUCUGCAGUGCCGCCUGGCACUCCUGAGGGAAGUAUAAAUUAUAACACCAUCUUACAGCUAGACCUCUUUUGUAGAAAAGGCAAAUGGAGUGAAGUGCCAUAAGUACAAACUUUCUUUUCAUUAAGAGACAACUCGCAAUUAUGUAAAAAGUGUGAUUUAUGCCCUACAGGAAGCCUUCAGAGUCUACCUCCCUAUCCCAGCAUCCCCCUGACUCCUUCCCCAACUAAUAAGGACCCCCCUUCAACCCAAAUGGUCCAAAAGGAGAUAGACAAAAGGGUAAACAGUGAACCAAAGUGUGCCAAUAUUCCCCGAUUAUGACCCCUCCAAGCAGUGGGAGGAAGAGAAUUCGGCCCAGCCAGAGUGCAUGUGCCUUUUUCUCUCUCAGACUUAAAGCAAAUAAAAACAGACCUAGGUAAAUUCUCAGAUAACCCUGAUGGCUAUAUUGAUGUUUUACAAGGGUUAGGACAAUUCUUUGAUCUGACAUGGAGAGAUAUAAUGUCACUGCUAAAUCAGACACUAACCCCAAAUGAGAGAAGUGCCACCAUAACUGCAGCCCAAGAGUUUGGCGAUCUCUGGUAUCUCAGUCAGGUCAAUGAUAGGAUGACAACAGAGGAAAGAGAAUGAUUCCCCACAGGCCAGCAGGCAGUUCCCAGUCUAGACCCUCAUUGGGAUACAGAAUCAGAACAUGGAGAUUGGUGCUGCAGACAUUUGCUAACUUGUGUGCUAGAAGGACUAAGGAAAACUAGGAAGAAGCCUAUGAAUUACUCAAUGAUGUCCACUAUAACACAAGGAAGGGAAGAAAAUCCUACUGCCUUUCUGGAGAGACUAAGGGAGGCAUUGAGGAAGCGUGCCUCUCUGUCACCUGACUUUACUGAAGGCCAACUAAUCUUAAAGCAUAAGUUUAUCACUCAGUCAGCUGCAGACAUUAGAAAAAACUUCAAAAGUCUGCCGUAGGCCCGGAGCAAAACUUAGAAACCCUAUUGAACUUGGCUACCUCGGUUUUUUAUAAUAGAGAUCAGGAGGAGCAGGCGGAACAGGACAAACGGGAUAAAAAAAAAAGGCCACCGCUUUAGUCAUGACCCUCAGGCAAGUGGACUUUGGAGGCUCUGGAAAAGGGAAAAGCUGGGCAAAUUGAAUGCCUAAUAGGGCUUGCUUCCAGUGCAGUCUACAAGGACACUUGAAAAAAGAUUGUCCAAGUAGAAGUAAGCCGCCCCCUAGUCCAUGCCCCUUAUUUCAAGGCAAUCACUGGAAGGCCCACUGCCCCAGGGGACAAAGGUCCUCUGAGUCAGAAGCCACUAACCAGAUGAUCCAGCAGCAGGACUGAGGGUGCCUGGGGCAAGCGCCAUCCCAUGCCAUCACCCUCACAGAGCCCUGGGUAUGCUUGACCAUUGAGGGCCAGGAGGUUGUCUCCUGGACACUGGUGCGGUCUUCUUAGUCUUACUCUUCUGUCCCGGACAACUGUCCUCCAGAUCUGUCACUAUCUGAGGGGGUCCUAAGACAGGCAGUCACUAGAUACUUCUCCCAGCCACUAAGUUAUGACUGGGGAGCUUUAUUCUUUUCACAUGCUUUUCUAAUUAUGCCUGAAAGCCCCACUACCUUGUUAGGGAGAGACAUUCUAGCAAAAGCAGGGGCCAUUAUACACCUGAACAUAGGAGAAGGAACACCCGUUUGUUGUCCCCUGCUUGAGGAAGGAAUUAAUCCUGAAGUCUGGGCAACAGAAGGACAAUAUGGACGAGCAAAGAAUGCCCGUCCUGUUCAAGUUAAACUAAAGGAUUCCACCUCCUUUCCCUACCAAAGGCAGUACCCCCUCAGACCCAAGGCCCAACAAGGACUCCAAAAGAUUGUUAAGGACCUAAAAGCCCAAGGCCUAGUAAAACCAUGCAGUAACCCCUGCAGUACUCCAAUUUUAGGAGAUUACAGAAACCCAACAGACAGUGGAGGUUAGUGCAAGAUCUCAGGAUUAUCAAUGAGGCUGUUGUUCCUCUAUAGCCAGCUGUACCUAGCCCUUAUACUCUGCUUUCCCAAAUACCAGAGGAAACAGAGUGGUUUACAGUCCUGGACCUUCAGGAUGCCUUCUUCUGCAUCCCUGUACAUCCUGACUCUCAAUUCUUGUUUGCCUUUGAAGAUACUUCAAACCCAACAUCUCAACUCACCUGGACUAUUUUACCCCAAGGGUUCAGGGAUAGUCCCCAUCUAUUUGGCCAGGCGUUAGCCCAAGACUUGAGCCAAUCCUCAUACCUGGACACUCUUGUCCUUCGGUAGGUGGAUGAUUUACUUUUGGCCGCCCAUUCAGAAACCUUGUGCCAUCAAGCCACCCAAGCGCUCUUCAAUUUCCUCGCUACCUGUGGCUACAUGGUUUCCAAACCAAAGGCUCAACUCUGCUCACGGCAGGUUACUUAGGGCUAAAAUUAUCCAAAGGCACCAGGGACCUCAGUGAGGAACACAUCCAGCCUAUACUGGCUUAUCCUCAUCCCAAAACCCUAAAGCAACUAAGGGGAUUCCUUGGCGUAAUAGGUUUCUGCCGAAUAUGGAUUCCCAGGUAUGGCGAAAUAGCCAGGUCAUUAAAUACACUAAUUAAGGAAACUCAGAAAGCCAAUACCCAUUUAGUAAGAUGGACAACUGAAGUAGAAGUGGCUUUCCAGGCCCUAACACAAGCCCCAGUGUUAAGUUUGCCAACAGGGCAAGACUUUUCUUCAUAUGUCACAGAAAAAACAGGAAUAGCUCUAGGAGUCCUUACACAGAUCCGAGGGAUGAGCUUGCAACCUGUGGCAUACCUGACUAAGGAAAUUUAUGUAGUGGCAAAGGGUUGACCUCAUUGUUUAUGGGUAGUGGUGGCAGUAGCAGUCUUAGCAUCUGAAGCAGUUAAAAUAAUACAGGGAAGAGAUCUUACUGUGUGGACAUCUCAUGAUGUGAAUGGCAUACUCACUGUUAAAAGAGACUUGUGGCUGUCAGACAACUGUUUACUUAAAUGUCAGGCUCUAUUACUUGAAGGGCCAGUGCUGCGACUGUGCACUUGUGCAACUCUUAACCCAGCCACAUUUCUUCCAGACAAUGAAGAAAAGAUAGAACAUAACUGUCAACAAGUAAUUUCUCAAACCUAUGCCACUCGAGGGGACCUUUUAGAGGUUCCUUUGACUGAUCCCGACCUCAACUUGUAUACUGAUGGAAGUUCCUUUGUAGAAAAAGGACUUUGAAAAGUGGGGUAUGCAGUGGUCAGCAAUAAUGGAAUACUUGAAAGUAAUCCCCUCACUCCAGGAACUAGUGCUCAGCUAGCAGAACUAAUAGCCCUCACUCGGGCACUAGAAUUAGGAGAAGAAAAAAGGGCAAAUAUAUAUACAGACUCUAAAUAUGCUUACCUAGUCCUCCAUGCCCAUGCAGCAAUAUGGAAACAAAGGGAAUUCCUAACUUCUGAGGGAACACCUAUCAAACAUCAGGAAGCCAUUAGGAAAUUAUUAUUGGCUGUACAGAAACCUAAAGAGGUGGCAGUCUUACACUGCCGGGGUCAUCAGAAAGGAAAGGAAAGGGAAAUAGAAGAGAACUGCCAAGCAGAUACUGAAGCCAAAAGAGCUGCAAGGCAGGACCCUCCAUUAGAAAUGCUUAUAAAACAACCCCUAGUAUAGGGUAAUCCCCUCCGGGAAACCAAGCCCCAGUACUCAGCAGGAGAAACAGAAUGGGGAACCUCACGAGGACAGUUUUCUCCCCUCGGGAUGGCUAGCCACUGAAGAAGGGAAAAUACUUUUGCCUGCAACUAACCAAUGGAAAUUACUUAAAACCCUUCAUCAAACCUUUCACUUAGGCAUCGAUAGCACCCAUCAGAUGGCCAAAUCACUAUUUACUGGACCAGGCCUUUUCAAAACUAUUAAGCAGAUAGUCAGGGCCUGUGAAGUGUGCCAGAGAAAUAAUCCCCUGCCUUAUCGCCAAGCUCCUUCAGGAGAACAAAGAACAGGCCAUUACCCUGGAGAAGACUGGCAACUGAUUUUACCCACAAGCCCAAAUCUCAGGGAUUUCAGUAUCUACUAGUCUGGGUAGAUACUUUCACGGGUUGGGCAGAGGCCUUCCCCUGUAGGACAGAAAAGGCCCAAGAGGUAAUAAAGGCACUAGUUCAUGAAAUAAUUCCCAGAUUCGGACUUCCCCGAGGCUUACAGAGUGACAAUAGCCCUGCUUUCAAGGCCACAGUAACCCAGGGAGUAUCCCAGGCGUUAGGUAUACAAUAUCACUUACACUGCGCCUGAAGGCCACAGUCCUCAGGGAAGGUCGAGAAAAUGAAUGAAACACUCAAAGGACAUCUAAAAAAGCAAACCCAGGAAACCCACCUCACAUGGCCUGCUCUGUUGCCUAUAGCCUUAAAAAGAAUCUGCAACUUUCCCCAAAAAGCAGGACUUAGCCCAUACGAAAUGCUGUAUGGAAGGCCCUUCAUAACCAAUGACCUUGUGCUUGACCAAGACAGCCAACUUAGUUGCAGACAUCACCUCCUUAGCCAAAUAUCAACAAGUUCUUAAAACAUUACAAGGAACCUAUCCCUGAGAAGAGGGAAAAGAACUAUUCCACCCUUGUGACAUGGUAUUAGUCAAGUCCCUUCCCUCUAAUUCCCCAUCCCUAGAUACAUCCUGGGAAGGACCCUACCCAGUCAUUUUAUCUACCCCAACUGCGGUUAAAGUGGCUGGAGUGGAGUCUUGGAUACAUCACACUCGAGUCAAACCCUGGAUACUGCCAAAGGAACCUGAAAAUCCAGGAGACAACGCUAGCUAUUCCUGUGAACCUCUAGAGGAUUUGCGCCUGCUCUUCAAACAACAACCAGGAGGAAAGUAACUAAAAUCAUAAAUACCCAUGGCCCUCCCUUAUCAUAUUUUUCUCUUUACUGUUCUUUUACCCUCUUUCACUCUCACUGCACCCCCUCCAUGCCGCUGUAUGACCAGUAGCUCCCCUUACCAAGAGUUUCUAUGGAGAAUGCAGCGUCCCGGAAAUAUUGAUGCCCCAUCAUAUAGGAGUUUUUCUAAGGGAACCCCCACCUUCACUGCCCACACCCAUAUGCCCCGCAACUGCUAUCACUCUGCCACUCUUUGCAUGCAUGCAAAUACUCAUUAUUGGACAGGAAAAAUGAUUAAUCCUAGUUGUCCUGGAGGACUUGGAGUCACUGUCUGUUGGACUUACUUCACCCAUACUGGUAUGUCUGAUGGGGGUGGAGUUCAAGAUCAGGCAAGAGAAAAACAUGUAAAAGAAGUAAUCUCCCAACUCACCCGGGUACAUAGCACCUCUAGCCCCUACAAAGGACUAGAUCUCUCAAAACUACAUGAAACCCUCCGUACCCAUACUCGCCUGGUAAGCCUAUUUAAUACCACCCUCACUGGGCUCCAUGAGGUCUCGGCCCAAAACCCUACUAACUGUUGGAUAUGCCUCCCCCUGAACUUCAGGCCAUAUGUUUCAAUCCCUGUACCUGAACAAUGGAACAACUUCAGCACAGAAAUAAACACCACUUCCGUUUUAGUAGGACCUCUUGUUUCCAAUCUGGAAAUAACCCAUACCUCAAACCUCACCUGUGUAAAAUUUAGCAAUACUACAGACACAACCAACUCCCAAUGCAUCAGGUGGGUAACUCCUCCCACACAAAUAGUCUGCCUACCCUCAGGAAUAUUUUUUGUCUGUGGUACCUCAGCCUAUCGUUGUUUGAGUGGCUCUUCAGAAUCUAUGUGCUUCCUCUCAUUCUUAGUGCCCCCUAUGACCAUCUACACUGAACAAGAUUUAUACAAUUAUGUCGUAUCUAAGCCCCGCAACAAAAGAGUGCCCAUUCUUCCUUUUGUUAUAGGAGCAGGAGUGCUAGGUGCACUAGGUACUGGCAUUGGCGGUAUCACAACCUCUACUCAGUUCUACUACAAACUAUCUCAAGAACUAAAUGGGGACAUGGAACGGGUCGCCGACUCCCUGGUCACCUUGCAAGAUCAACUUAACUCCCUAGCAGCAGUAGUCCUUCAAAAUCGAAGAGCUUUAGACUUGCUAACCGCUGAAAGAGGGGGAACCUGUUUAUUUUUAGGGGAAGAAUGCUGUUAUUAUGUUAAUCAAUCCGGAAUCGUCACUGAGAAAGUUAAAGAAAUUCGAGAUCGAAUACAACGUAGAGCAGAGGAGCUUCGAAACACUGGACCCUGGGGCCUCCUCAGCCAAUGGAUGCCCUGGAUUCUCCCCUUCUUAGGACCUCUAGCAGCUAUAAUAUUGCUACUCCUCUUUGGACCCUGUAUCUUUAACCUCCUUGUUAACUUUGUCUCUUCCAGAAUUGAAGCUGUAAAACUACAAAUGGAGCCCAAGAUGCAGUCCAAGACUAAGAUCUACCGCAGACCCCUGGACCGGCCUGCUAGCCCACGAUCUGAUGUUAAUGACAUCAAAGGCACCCCUCCCGAGGAAAUCUUAACUGCACAACCUCUACUACGCCCCAAUUCAGCAGGAAGCAGUUAGAGCGGUCGUCGGCCAACCUCCCCAACAGCACUUAGGUUUUCCUGUUGAGAUGGGGGACUGAGAGACAGGACUAGCUGGAUUUCCUAGGCUGACUAAGAAUCCCUAAGCCUAGCUGGGAAGGUGACCACAUCCACCUUUAAACACGGGGCUUGCAACUUAGCUCACACCUGACCAAUCAGAGAGCUCACUAAAAUGCUAAUUAGGCAAAAACAGGAGGUAAAGAAAUAGCCAAUCAUCUAUUGCCUGAGAGCACAGCAGGAGGGACAAUGAUCGGGAUAUAAACCCAGGUCUUCGAGCUGGCAACGGCAACCCCCUUUGGGUCCCCUCCCUUUGUAUGGGAGCUCUGUUUUCAUGCUAUUUCACUCUAUUAAAUCUUGCAAUUGCA